AGAGCAUUUCAGUUUUUUUCUUCACAUUUGCAUGUGAAAACUUGAAUCCCCACCAGCUCUGCCUCUCAGCUCUUCUCAAGUUGUGAUGUCUUCAGUUCUCUGUUUUUUACUUGCCUUCCCUCGCCAGUAGAGAAACUUCACUUCAUUUUUUUAAGCACACUUUUUAAUCUGUCUAGCUGGGAUAAGAAUGCAUCGCCAAUGCGCCAGAAGAUUUCCCCAUAACUGACAGUUCAAGUGACAUGCGCUAAAGCUCCCGUUAUCCCAGCUCCGGCCAUGAUGGAAUCCAAUCUUUCUUUGCUCUCCUCCUUGAAAGAGGAGUUCAAGCCUGAGGAUUAUGUCCAGCCCCAUUACAAAGAGUCCUACCGGCUAGCCAUUGACUCUCUGGUUAGUGGAGGCAAACCUGUUUAUCAAGAGUUCAUCAAAGCAGAGAAAAUCGUGAGCUUCCUUUCUGAGGACGAAAUCCACUUUAUCACACAAAACGCUGAGCAGCUGCCUGUUAGCAUCCAGCUGGAGGAACCGGAUCUCCCAGCAAACGAUGAAGUGUCAACAGGGACAUACUGGCCCACGCAUUCUGAUGCUCCUCCCCCUGACCUAGACCUGGGAUGGCCAGAGGUCAUUCACAGCAGGCUCCAGACCAACAUUGAUUUGCUGUACCAUCCGCCCAGGCUGAACAGCCCCACCAUCAAGGAGGUGGUGAGGAAACAUAUUCAGGAUGCUAGACAGGUCAUUGCCAUCGCCAUGGACGUGUUUACUGAUGUGGAUAUUUUUAAAGAGGUAGUUGAUGCGUCUGUCAGGGGUGUUCCUGUCUAUAUUCUGCUGGAUCACAGUCACUUCAAAAGCUUUCUCACUAUGGCUGAAAACCAUGAGAUUCAGAUUCAAAAACUCAGGAACAUGAGGGUGCGUACAGUGAAAGGCCAGGAGUACCUCUGCCGGUCAGGUGCCAAGUUCCAUGGAGCCAUGGGGCACAAAUUUCUCCUAGUUGACUGCCAAACGGUGUUUUUUGGAUCAUACAGUUUCAUGUGGUCCUAUGAGAAGAUCCACCUCAGCAUGGUUCAGCUCAUAACAGGCAGACUGGUGGAGUCUUAUGAUGAGGAGUUCCGGACCCUUUAUGCCCGCUCCUCAAUUCCAGCAGAAUUCCAGCCUCAGGAUAUCUUUCCUGACAAGAGAUUGAACGGCAAAGUGGAAGGCUACCUUGGUCACCCCACCAAAGCCUUUGAAAGGAAGGAUCAUUUAAGACAUACACUAGAUUCAGUGUACCGACAAACAUGUGAAAGGCAGCCAGGUUUUAGGAGUAUAAUGGAAGACAUCCCUGCGCCAAUUGCCCACCAUAGUAGAUUCCUUCAGGAAACAUCAGAUUUCAACAAACGACACAGCUAUGCAGGGGAGAGACAGGAACCUUCAUACAUCCCUCAGUACUCCAGAUACGGUUCCAGUAACUGGAAUGUGGCAGAAGAAAGCAGGCGUUAUGUGGGGAACCACUAUCCAAACGCUAUGGAGAACCCAUAUGAAAACUCCAGGCUGAAUAUGAUGAACAGGAGCGCUAACCUUCGCCAGUCCUACCAUGGUCAUGACAAACAAGUUCAUUUAAUGCAGCAGAACCUGCCCAGCUUAGCCAACACUUCCAAAUCAUUUUUGCGCAGCUGGAGGAUAGAGUCUUACCUCAACAACAGUGAGGUUCCACUUGGAGAAUCCUAUGAUUAUCUGGACCCAUACGAAAUGGAGAACAAGCCUGCUCCUCCGGUGCAUUCUCGUCUUAGAUCAUCCCUGGUUUUCAAGUCUACCAUCCCCGAACACCCAGAAACCAGCAGUUACACCAAUGAGUCCUCAUCCUCUGUUCACCACGACGGGUUUGGACUGAGACCAGGCGUUCAAUACUACCCGCCAACACAGAGGAAUCAAAGCGGAUUAAUGGACAGUCGUGUGCAGCCUGAUGAAUUUAUGUUAAAGAGACGCAGUAUGCAGAUGUUAGACCAUUCAGGGAAUAACAUGUGCUAUAAUUCAGGGAGAGAUGCGUUAUAUGCCAGUUUGGGCCGAGCUAAAAGUCGACUUCUGACUAAGGAUCCCGAGCAAGAGAACUUGUACAAGCGGCACAGUGUGGCAGAUCCUAGAUACAACUCAUACAAUAACAACAUUAAAGAAUCCUCCAGUCACAUGUAUGGAUCUCUGUUGAGAAGACAGACAGAGAGGACUACUGUUGGAGAGAGUUCAGGAGAAAGAGGGUAUUCCCAAAAUCUGAAGGAGGACCAGAGAUCUGUUUCCCAUCACGACUUCCACAAGGUAGACCACAAAGAUCCAUCGUGCACAAUCUGGCAAGAGCCUCCCUCCAGGACUGUGUCAGCAACUGUCCUAGAUGUUGAGGACAAAGGACAACGCAAACCCAAUGGCAUGUCCUCACCACGAUUCUUUAAAAAGAGCACCAAAAAAAUAAAAUCUCUUCUUAAUAUUCCGGAAAAAAGGGAGAACUCACCCAAACAAAAGAACACAUCAAGCCCUAAAGUGGGCGGCAGCUCUGACACCGUUCUUUCGGAUGACAGGGACUAUAAGGCACAGCAGGGUAUGAAACAGUGGGACUACACAGCCGUUUCUAUGAAAUCCACUGACAGCAGCAGGCUAAAAAGAGCAAAUGGGUGGGCCUCUGAAAAUGAAAACCAUGCUGUGACUGGAGAAUUAUCUUCUCCUCGUUUUAACACGGAGGAGCAUGCUGCUUCCCCAGCUGGUGAUGGGAAUGUGAGAUCAUCAGGACAGCCCUGUGUCAGGGCUCCAGAUGAGAGAUCAGGUUCAGCUCGGGGAAGAACGAGUCAAGGGCAGAGAGAGAUUGUUGGAGGGAACAGAUUGUACAGCAGGUUUGAGUCUCUUUACACUUACGAGAAUAAGCACAACUCCUCUGAUCGCAGUGCAUCUUCAAACAGCCACACAGCAGAGAAACACAGGAAUCCCUUCCUCACCCAAGGAACUUCAAACACUGAUCGAAGCAAUCAUGUAGCCCCACACACACAUACUCAUGAUAAUAAAUUAGGCCGGUUCAUACAGAGGGUUGGAAAUUUGAUAAAUAAGAAUAAAUAAGUGAUAAUCUGCUUCAUUAACAGAUAAUACAGUUGCGUUCCGAGAUUCUUUGAGGUUGUCAAAGCAGUUUCUGAAGUUAACACUUCAUUUUCAAAAGUCUGUUUUUUCUUAAAAACUUCAGAUCUUGUAUUUUCUCCAGAAUUAAGAAAGCUUCAUGUCACACGAUUUUAGUUGGCCACUUUCUUUUUUAUAAAGACUAUCAGCCCAAUCCUGUUAAUUCAAUUAAUAACAACAGUGCAUACAAAAAUAAAAUGAACUGUAUUUUGUUUUCCAACUAUGCUGCAAUUUAGGAAGAAAGUGCAAUGUAUAAUACUGCCAAAAUUGUGCAAAUGAUUAAAUUGACGGAUGCUUUCUGGGUUUGUGAGGCAUUUUUACCUCGUGCAAAAUAUCAUCAUUCUUCCUUUAAUGGGAAAUCCACUGAUGUAACAAUUUCAGAAUAAUACAUUAUUUCAUUUUUUGGUUUGAUGUGAAAUGUGCUAUUUUAAUUCAUUAAGUAAAACUAAAAUCUGUGUGGUAGUGAUUGGAACCAGACAGAAGAGUUGAAUGCCUCUAAAGGUUAAAUUAUUGUAACAAUGUUACAGGAAAUUGUUAAUAUUAUGCUUUCUGGUACAUUUUUACAUAAUAUUUUUUACAUAAACUAUAAAAGCUGCAAUGAACCCUUUUAUUUUGAACAGCUCUGAGUAACAUAUUAACAAUUAGGUUUAUCACACUGAAACAGAUAAUAGCUCAUUUAGAUGGCUUUUUCAGUCCCACGUGAAGUUGGUGCUGUAUGAAGCUGUAUGCUGCAUGUAGUUUUGAGGUUUUGGUGGUUCAGUAUGUUGGGUUCUCAUUUAACAGGGAAAGACUUAAUCCACAUAUUUCUACUACAUGUGCAUUUUUAGUGUUAAAGCCAUUACGUUUUUACUAUGUUACCUAAAAAUAAAGUGCAAUAUGUUAUAUUGUGCAUAAUUGUUGCUAAAGCGGGGAAUUUAUGGGCACAUGCUGACUAUGGUUUUUGUUUACAUGUGUAUUUAAAGGUGUUUUAUUUAGUAACGCGUUUUUUUGUGUUUUAAUAUAAUGUUCAAAAUGUUACUGUUCUUUUUAUUAAUGGGUGUCAGAGGACAUGACGAUUAGACUGCACUAAAGGGAUAUGGCCAUUCUGUGAAUGACUGUAUAAGAAAGCAAAUAAAUUCCUGUUCAAAUCAA